AUGGGUCACGAAGAUGCCGUCUACCUGGCCAAGCUCGCCGAGCAGGCUGAGCGAUACGAAGAGAUGGUCGACAACAUGAAGAUUGUCGCCUCUGAGGACCGCGACUUGACCGUCGAGGAGCGCAACCUUUUGUCCGUCGCCUACAAGAACGUCAUCGGUGCCCGCCGUGCCUCUUGGAGGAUAGUCACUUCUAUUGAGCAGAAGGAGGAGUCUAAGGGCAACUCAUCCCAGGUCACCCUCAUCAAGGAGUACCGACAGAAGAUCGAGGCCGAACUAGCUAAGAUUUGCGACGAUAUCCUCGAUGUCCUCGACCAGCACCUGAUCCCUUCCGCCAAAUCUGGCGAAUCCAAGGUUUUCUACCACAAGAUGAAGGGCGACUACCACCGUUACCUUGCCGAGUUCGCCAUUGGCGACCGUCGCAAGGACUCUGCCGAUAAGUCCCUCGAGGCCUACAAGGCCGCUACUGAGGUUGCUCAGACCGAGCUGCCUCCCACGCACCCCAUCCGCCUGGGUCUCGCCCUCAACUUCUCCGUUUUCUACUACGAGAUCUUGAACGCCCCCGAUCAGGCUUGCCAUUUGGCUAAGCAGGCUUUCGAUGAUGCCAUUGCUGAGCUCGACACAUUGAGUGAGGAGAGCUACAAGGACUCUACUCUCAUCAUGCAGCUCCUGCGUGACAACUUGACCCUGUGGACUUCAUCUGAGGCCGAAACUGGCGCCACUGGUCAAGCCGAUGCUCCCGCUAAGGAGGAGCCUGCUGCUGCUGCUGAGGCUCCUGCCGCCACCGAGGAGACCAAGGCUUCUGAAUAA